CCUCUUUGUAAUUUUCUUCUGUUUCUUCUUUUAUUCUUUCUUUCUUUCAAGGCCCCAUCAUCAUCAACGCUUCCCAACACCCGCCUCCUUAAUUCCCUCUUCAAUUCUAUUCCUUGUCCUCCAACAAAAUAAUCAGGACCCUGUGGGGGGAGGAAGGGGGGAAGAGAGAGAGCGCGCAAGGACGGUGCAACCAAAAAAAGUAUGCUGGAGUUUCAACAGCAUUUACAAUAGGUUGUCCUUUUCUCACACCCCCGAUUCGAUCCAACCAAUUGUUUUCGAUUUGGGUUUUUUCCGCUCGUAUAUUUCAUUCAUCUAACCACAGAGUUCGAGCUCUCUGAUAUGGAUUGUCACUCACAAUUGAGUGGCGGGUCAGGCUUAGAGGUGGCAAAUCAAUGGCGGGUUUAUUCUCACUAGGCGGUGGAGAUAGAGGUAGAGGUAGAGGAACCAACCAACAACAACAAGAAGAAGCACAAGGGCAUCAUAACCCAACCACGGAAUUCCCUCCGCCCGAGACCCUAUACUGGUACAAGAACGAGGAUGUGUCGUCGUACAGAGGGUUGGAGCUAUGGAACCAGCAACAGGAGCAGUUCAUGCCGGGAACAAGGCCAUCGGAACAAGAUGUGUACGGGGCGAGCAGGAGCUACGAUGAUCCGCCGUCCUCGUCGAGAUCCUCAGGGAUGAUGACGACUAUGAGAGGUCGAGGAGGAAUAAGCUGCCAAGAUUGCGGGAACAAAGCCAAGAAGGAUUGCCCCCACAUGAGGUGCAGGACUUGCUGUAAAAGCAGAGGCUUCCAUUGCCAAACACACAUCAAAAGCACUUGGGUUCCUGCUCCUAAGCGUCGCGAGCGCCAACAGCAACACCAACUCCAACUUCACCCGGACACUCUUCCCAGAAGACACCGCGAAACAGAGCACCGGGAUUUUCCUGCAGUGGUAAGCUCGCCUGCGGAUUUCCGAUGUGUGCGGGUGAACUCCAUUGACGAUGCGGACGAACAAUUUGCAUACCAAACGGCAGUGAACAUAGGAGGGCAUGUGUUCAAAGGAAUUCUGUACGACCAGGGUCCUGAAUAUAACUACACAGCUGGAGAUGUGAGCGCCCCCGCUGGCGUAGGUGGAGUUCAACCAUUGAACCUCAUUGCCGGUGCCGCCAGCGGUGCGUCUGUUUUACCCGCGAGCUCAAUGGGUGGUGGUGCCAUGGUUCCGCCGGGUGGGGCGCUUGGGGAUCCUUCUUCUUUGUAUCCAGCUCCACUUAACACCAUCAUGGCUGAAGGUAUUGGUACGCAAUUCUUCCCUCGAGAUCUUCAUAAAUAGGAACAUGAAAAAGGUUAAUAGUGCAUCCAGCUUCUUCUCGCUGUUGGAUAUUACUGUCGUUGUAAAAUUUGACACCCGUAUAAGUAGCAGGAGAGAUAAAAAGAAAAAAGAGAAUCAGGUCAAAAUUAAGUAGAGAAAGUAUUGUAGACCAUUUUUUCAAUGCAAAUUUCAAUGCUUGGUUCAG